AUGUCUCAAAAUGAAAAUAUUGUAAUAAAUUACCCUGGAUUUUGGACAAAGACAUCAUUGAUACAAUUAGGUUAUGGUGUAUGGGUGAAUCUGUCGUUUAUAGCAAUCGGACUGGCUUUUGGAUUUUCUGCUGUCGCUGUGCCUCAAUUACUUCUUCCAGAAUCACGUAUAAAAGUAUCAGUAGCUGAUGCGUCUUGGAUAGGUUUGGGAGCCAGAUAUAAUUGGACCACAUUGUGUUUCAUCAGUAGUGCGUACGCGUUAUUUUUGUUUUUCUUCAACUUUGGUCUUCCUGAAACUCCUUAUUUUUUAUUGCAAAGAGAGUGUACUGAUGAUGCGAAAGAUUCGCUUAAGAAAUUUAGAUCGAAAAGUCAUGACAUUGAGAAAGAAAUGGUUUAUCUUAUAGAAUAUAAGAGACAGAAUGAUCUUCACAGAUUGUCUUUCAAAGAGCAAAUGCUGGUAGUUUUUAUGAAAUCGACCUGCAAGUCGUUUUGGAUGAUCUUGAUUUAUUUAGCUAUCACGCAAUGUUCGGGAGUCACGAUAAUAGCUAUGUGGACUGUUGAUAUAAUACAGAAAUCAAAUUCGUCCAUCGAUGCUAAUUCUGGUAACGUGAUACUUGGAAUUACUAGAUUAAUAGGAGGAAUUGUUACAGCAGUUCUUAUAUUUAGAAUUAGAAGACGACCAAUGGCUUUAGUAUCGGGUUUUUGGACGGAAACCUCACUAAUCCAGCUAGGUUAUGGUGUUUGGGUGAAUCUCUCUCAGGUCAUUGUAGGCUUGGCUUUUGGUUGGUCAUCAGUAGCACUUCCUCAAAUAGCAUCGGCUUCAUCACCAAUAAAAGUUACAGUAGCCGAUCAAUCUUGGAUAGCUAGUGUGUUACCUCUAUUUUGCCCUCCUGGAUGUAUUUUGGGUGGAUAUUUGCUGGAUAAAUUCGGUCGUCGUACUAUGCUUAUUUGUAGUCAGUUGCCAGUUAUGCUUGGCUGGUUUUACACUGGUGUUGCCCAAUCCGCUGUGAAUCUUAUUAUAGGCAGGAUGUUGACGGGUUUCGGCGCAGGAAUGGCGAUGAGUGUCCCUCGUGUGUAUAUGACUGAAAUGACCUUACCAAAUAUGAGAGGUAUUCUUGGAUCUUUUCCAAACAUUGCUAUGUCUAUUGGUAUUGCUUCCCAGGCUGGUUUGGGAUCAAUUUUGAAAUGGGAUAUUUUAUGUUUUAUUAGUUUUAGCUGUGCUUUAAGCUUAUUCUUUAUAAACUUCAAACUUCCUGAAUCACCAUAUUACUUGCUACAAAGAGCAUCGAUAGAUGAUGCGAGGAAUUCGCUCAAACAUUUCAGAGGUAAACAAUAUAAUAUUGAAAACGAAAUUAGCGACCUCAUCGAUUUUAAGAGAGACAACGACAUUCAUAAGUUGAAUGCUAAAGAAAGAAUGCAGGCUCUAUUUAAGCGAUCGGCUUGUAAGCCAUUCUGGAUAAUGAUGGUAUACGUUGUUAUUAUGGAAUUGUCUGGUGCUUCUAUCGUCUUUAUGUGGGGCGUUCAGAUACUACAGAGGUCAAAGUCUUCCAUAAAUGCUGAAGUAGGUAACUUUAUCUUGGGACUGAUGAGAAUUAUUAGCGGUGUAAUAACAGCAGUUUUUGUAUUCUAUAUAGGUAGGAGGCCGUUAGCACUUACUUCAGCUAUAGGUGUCGGUGUGACUUGCUUUUUUCUUGGUGCUAUCAUGCAUUAUUUAGACACACCCACAGUAUUCCCCCAACUAGGAUACGUGGCUUACAUAUUCUUCGCUACACUUGGUUACUACACACUACCUCCUCUUAUAAUGUUCGAAUUGUACCCACUCCAGGUAAGAGGAAUACUGGGUGGAUUAUCAUUGUCAAACAUAAGUAUAUGUAUAUUCAUAGCAAACAAAUGUUUUCCAUUCGUUAGAGAGUCUCUUGGGUUUGCGAACACUAUUUUGGCGUUUGGUAUAUGUUCUUUUCUUGGGUCAAUCUUCCUGUACUUCUUCCUGCCAGAAACGAAAGAUUUGACUUUGCAAGAAAUAGAGGAAUACUAUAAUGACAUACGGCCAACUCUGACGUCACAGCGGAGAAUACUUUCAAUGCAACGAAUACAGAGCAUGGAAAACACUAAUGCCAACAAGACACUUAUGAAGAAAACCAGUAAUAUCGGCAAACCAGCGUCAUAG